CCUGAAAACUGAUGGAUAAGUCUGUGUACUAGGGUCGUUGUGGGGCUGCAGCACAUGGUCCUUGUGGCAGUUAGGAUAGAGUUCCUGACCAUCAAGGACUGGCAGUUAGGAUAGCAUCUUAGACUAGCAUCUUAGACUGGCAUCUUAGACUAGCAUCUUAGACUGGCAUCUUAGCAGCAUCUCAGCAUAUGCUUGGCUGGCUAGCAGCCUAUAAGUAUGUAUCCCCAACCUCUCAGGUUGGCAUGGCAUUGUGUGAGAAAUAAACCAACGAAAAUUGUCCCAACUCUCCUAGUGUCAUCCACAACUAUCAAUGCUCAGGUUCAAAGGUCUAACAAGUGGUAUCAGAGCCUCGUUAUCUUGUACCCUGAGCAUUUCCUGUGAGUAGCCUAAGUCGGUAGCAGCAGCUGCUCCGUCUGCCUCUGGUUACCUUCCUCCCUCCGGACUGUCGAGCAGCAGUUCGUCUUCAACAGCCUCCUCUUCACGCAACCCCCCCCCCCCCAGCAGCGAGCCAUCUCUGCAGGUCGCUCUCAGCACACGGCUACCUCGAGCAUACGGCGCCGGCAGGAGGCUGAGCGCGCCGUGGCAGAGGAGCGUGAGCGAGCAGCUGUAGCAACAGCUGCUGCGGCAGCAAGGGUGUCGAGGCUGGCUGCAGCGGAGCUGGCAGUGGCCAGAGCGGAGGUAGAAGCAGCCAGGGCGGAGGUAGAAGCAGCAGCAGCAGCAGCAGCAGACGCAGCACGUGAGGCUACGGCGGAUGCCAAGGCACUCCGCGGCGGCUCCGGCAGCUCCAACAGCUCCGCGCCUGCGGACGACGGCGCUGACGUAGACCGCGCCAAAGUGGCGCAAGAGCGGACGGCGCAGUGGGCAGCCGAGCACGCCCGCGCUCCAGGUGGAGGUGCGCACCGCGACGGCGGCUGCAACGACCAGGACCGCGGCCUCUACAAGGUCCGGACUGUGGUCAGGGAUGUUGGUCCCAGUGCUGGGUGGCCUACCCUCACUAAAACCAACUACGUCGAGUGGGCCGGGAUCAUGAAGAUCAGGCUCCAGGUGCGGCGCAUGUGGGAGGCAGUCCAGGACAGCAACGUCGACCACCAAGAGGACCGACGGGCGCUAGACGCCCUCAUCGCUGCAGUCCCGCCCGAGAUGCAGUUCUCGCUUUCCAGCAAGCGGACUGCCAAGGAAGCUUGGGACGCCAUCGCCGCGGCACGCAUCGGCAGCGACCGUGCUCACAAGUCCACUCUGCAGGCACUUCGUAAGGAGCGGGAGAGCCUGGGUUUCAAGCCAGGUGAGGACGUUGAUGACUUUGCUCUCCGUCUCAACACUCUGCUGCAGAAGUUGGUGAAGUUUGGUGAUGCCACCUACACCGAGGAGAGAGCUGUCGAGAAGCUUUUUCGGUGCAUCCCCGAGAAGUACAAGCAGAUGGCUCGGUCGAUCGAGUCUUUGUUGGACCUCUCCACGAUGACAAUCGAGGAGGCGAUAAGUCACCUCAAGGUCGUCGACACCGACGAGCCACAGCCUUCCUCGGGGCCCAUCACCACCGGCGGGAAGCUGCUCCUAACUCGGGAGCCAUGGGAUGCCAGCCUUGGUGACAGGAAGAAGGGGGGGCCUUCUUCCACGAUGGGCGGCCGCAAGCGUGGCAAGCAGCGUAAGACGCGAAGAGGCCCCCCCGGGCAGGGCACAAGGACGUGCUGAAGGUGAGGCCCGCGGAGGCGCCAAGGACGGCGCCGCUAGCAAGCCCAAGCC